UCCUCAGGAGUCCCCUCGGGACAGGGUUAAGGACCAGUUCGGGUUUGGCCCUGAGGCUGGUGAACGGCGGUGACCCAUGUCAGGGCCGUGUGGAGGUCCUCUACCAAGGCUCCUGGGGCACCGUGUGUGACGAUGGAUGGGACAUCAACAAUGCCAACGUGGUGUGCAGGCAGCUGGGCUGUGGCGAGGCCAGGUCGGCCCAAGGAAGUGCCUGGUUUGGAAAGGGCUCAGGCCCGAUCGUGCUGGAUGACGUGGGCUGCUCAGGGCACGAGUCCUACCUGUGGAACUGCCCGCACAGGGGCUGGAACUCACACAACUGUGGGCACGGAGAGGACGCCGGCGUCAUCUGCUCAGGAGCCGAUGCCAGUUUGGCCCUGAGGCUGGUGAACGGAGGUGACCGGUGUCAGGGCCGCGUGGAGAUCCUGUACCAAGGCUCCUGGGGCACCGUGUGUGACGAUGGGUGGGACACCAAAGAUGCCAAUGUAGUGUGCAUGCAGCUGGGCUGUGGCGAGGCCAGGUUGGCUCUAGGAAAUGCCUGGUUUGGGCAGGGCUCAAAACAGAUCGUGCUGGAUGACGUGGCCUGUUCUGGACACGAGUCCAACCUAUGGAGCUGCCCGCACAGGGGCUGGAACUCCCACAACUGCAACCAUGGAGAGGAUGCCAGUGUCAUCUGCUCAGGAGCCACUUCCGGUUUGGCCCUGAGGCUGGUGAACAGCAGUAACCCAUGUCAGGGCCGUGUGGAGGUCCUCUACCAAGGCUCCUGGGGCACCGUGUGUGAUGACGGGUGGAACACCAAUGAUGCCAACGUGGUGUGCAGACAGCUGGGUUGUGGCGGGGCCAGUUCGGCCCCAGGAAGUGCGCAGUUCGGACAAGGCUCAGGGCCGAUUGUGCUGGACGAUGUGGACUGUUCAGGGCAAGAGUCCUUCCUGUGGAGCUGCCCAAACAGGGGCUGGAACUCCCACAACUGUGGGCACCACGAGGACGCUGGCGUCAUCUGCUCAGGAGCCGAUGCCGGUUUGUCCCUGAGGCUGGUGAAUGGCGGUGACCGGUGUCAGGGACGUGUGGAGGUCCUCUACCAAAAUUCCUGGGGCACCGUGUGUGACGACGGAUGGGACAUCAAUGAUGCCAACGUGGUGUGCAGGUGGUUGGGCUGUGGCCGGGCUAAGUCGGCCCCAGGAAGUGCUCGGUUCGGACAGGGCUCAGGACAGAUCGUGCUGGAUGACGUGGGCUGCUCAGGGAAUGAGUCUUACCUGUGGAGCUGCCCGCACAGGGGCUGGAACUCCCACAACUGUGCGCACGGAGAGGACGCCGGCGUCAUUUGCACAGGAACCAAUCCUGGUUUGGACCUGAGGCUGGUGAAUGGCAGUGACCGGUGUCAGGGCCGCGUGGAGGUCCUCUACCAAGGCUCCUGGGGCACUGUGUGUGAUGACAGUUGGGACACCAAUGAUGCCAAUGUGGUGUGCAGACAGCUGGGCUGUGGCGGGGCCAGGUCGGCGCUGGGAAAUGCCCGGUUCGGGCAGGGCUCAGGCCCGAUCGUGCUGGAUGACGUAGCCUGCUCAGGGCACGAGUCCUACCUGUGGAGCUGCCCACACAGGGGCUGGAACUCCCACAACUGCAACCACGGAGAGGACGCAGGCGUCAUCUGCUCAGCUGCUCAGCCCUGAACAACCUGGUCAGACAAGUAGCUCUGAGGGCAUCGCCUGCCCUGCGACCACCGCCCCACCUGUGUCCACCGGCUUGUCC